AUGGGACUCAGAGAUAAAUUUAGCCGUGGCUGUAUAUGUGAUCUUAAACAUGAGGAUAAGGCCUCCGUAGCCGGCGGCGGCCGAGGAGGGGGAGUAGGAGGAGCAUCUCUCGGCGGCCCGUCCCGGCGUCCCCCGCGGCCCGUCCCGGCAUCCUCCGCGCCCCGUCCCGGCAUCCCCCGCGCCCGGCCCGGCGUAGCAGCAGCAAUGGCGGCCGCGCGGAUCGCGUUAUGCCAGCCGUUGGCAGUGCGCGCCCCGCUGCGCCUCAGCGCCCCCCGGGCCUCCUACAGCGCCAUGGCCCACGUUGAAAAAAUGAGAGAAAAGGAGAGACUGAUGAAAAAAAAGCCAAGGAGAGAGGCUGUGGCUCCUAGAACAGAGAAGAUGGCCCCAGAUCAGGAUUGGAGUAGUGUUUAUCCCACCGCGGCUCCAUUCAAACCCUCUGCUGUGCCUCUUCCCAUUCGGAUGGGUUAUCCCAAGAAAAAAGGUGUGCCCUUGGCCAAAGAGGGAAAUCUAGAGCUCCUAAAGGUCCCCAAUUUUUUGCAUUUGACUCCGGUGGCAAUUAAAAAGCAUUGCGAAGUUCUUAAAGAUUUCUGCACCGAGUGGCCAGCCGCCCUGGACACCGAUGAAAAAUGCGAGGAACAUUUUCCGGUUGAGAUCGAGACGGCCGACUACGUCUCCGCUGGGCCGUCUCUCCGGAAUCCGAAAGCGAGAGUUGUCACCCUGAAGGUAAAACUGGCCACACUGAACUUGGAUGAUCAUGCAAAGAAGAAACUUAUUAAACUUGUCGGAGAGCGCUACUGCAAGAACACAGAUCUACUUACCAUCACAACAGACAGAUGUCCUCUGAGGAGACAGAAUUACGACCAUGCAGUGUAUCUACUAACAGUUCUGUACCACGAAUCUUGGAAAACGGAGGCGUGGGAGAAGGAGAAGACCGAAGACGACGCGGAAGAGUACGCCUGGGAAGACAGCCGCUCCGAGAAAAACAUCCUGGACACCCUCCUGCGGAUCGGAGCCUCCGGGGAAAGGGCCAGCGCCACUCGGGAAGAGCUGCUCGCCUCCGAAGAAGUCGGGGGCUACAGGCGGGCGGUCGUGGCUCUUAAAAACGACGGGGAGUCGGACCGCAACCUCUUGCAGUACAAAGAGGCAGUAAAGAAGCUGCUAAAUUUGAGCGGGUGAUGUGGGAGGGCGGCCCAAAGCCCCCCCAUUUUAGUCGGGUCGCUCGGCACGCGCGUCUGCGGAUGGCCGUUCAAUUCAGGUGAAAGCCGAAAUAAAAGGGCCUCAUCCGGAGCCCAAUCUUUCCCA